GUUUAAAUUGAAACACGUAUCAUUAUGGAAAGUCUAGGCGAUCCAAUAUUUACUGAAGAAGCAUUGGAGAUUUUAUGUUGAGUAUUAUUGUUCAAGACAUCACGAAAUUAUUACGAUUUGAUAUAUUUCUGGAACGUAAAAGCCAUUCAUCGUCCGCCAUAAACAAGCUCAAAAAUAAGGGUUCAAUCUAUUGAAAACGGUGGCUUCAUUAUCUCAGAAAUGUUUUACUACUUAGAUUUUUUGCGCCGUAAAUGUGUUUCAGUGUGGACAAAGAGGUUUCAUUGAGGUAUCAGGAUAGAUAUAUUGGAGAACACUUACAGCCGGCUAAAGUCAUGAUAAAGGCACGUUUUCGAAAGUUCAAAACAAGUUGACUUUGAUAAUUCGAACUCAAAACACGGCAAGUUGAAACAAUGUCCCAAAUAUUUGCAAUCACGAUUUGUUUUCCUUCUUUUGUAAACUGGAUGCCAUUUCAAAGCAUUAUUGUUAAUAAUCACAUAAUUCAGAAUUUGAGAGAGAGAAAGGUUCCACAAACUUAAAAAUAUCACCAAAAUUAAACUUUCACAGAAUCCUAGUCACUAUUUGGACAACUUUUCACUGUUUUUUAUAUCUUUUUCCAAUUAACGUUAUCGUGCAUGUUCUUCAAGCGUUUAAAGUAAUUAGUGAACUGUCACGAUGGCUUAAAUAAAUGCUGAUUUUAAAAGUGUAAUUCCACUCACAAAAUUAACAUUCUGAAGUUACAAGCAAAGUUUAUGUGCUACAUCACGUGUACUUUGAACUCUGUUGUUAAUGUGGAAUGAAAAUCUCAUUGAUAUAGAAGUUCAUUUAGCUGAAAGAAGGUCACAGGCUGUGUUAUGACAAAACCAACUGAAUGCAGUUUUCUGUGAGCGGAAAGAAGCACACCCGCUGGGUAGAACAAGUGAUUUUAACAUUCCACACAUCUACGAACAAUAUCCCAGCAACCACACAGGAACUCUUAACAAUGAUUUAGAGCUAAUCAAACCUAUAAAACCUAAUAUCUUGUCCCCUCGCAUUCAUUUCUUCAAAAACGUGCACGCGCUAACGAUAACGAUCGGUGGUAAAUUGAACUGGACACAAUGAAUUGCCCCACAUUGUCGCCUAUUUUGCUUUUCACGAUUUUGUGCAUAGGAGGAAUUUCUGAUUGUACAGCUGUAGAUAAAGGCCUCCUUUUCAAGAGUUUUUCCGCAGACCACGCAGAAGGAUGUUACAUCCACAAUAAAACCUUGGGCGUCUGCUUCGAUAUUCAGGAAGGAUUCAUGAAAUUGCUCAAGGCCAAUGGCGAUGAAAUGGUUCUUUACAUGGACCUUGGACCUGAAAUGUUUUACUACCACAUUCUGGAUCAGGGUUUCAUUGGACAUGGUCCUUCAUUUGUUCAUGUCCCCGCCAACAUUCCCAGAAGUCCAGACGCACUGAGGGAGUUUUUGAGACGCAGUUCUCAGAAUGAUAUGAAACAAGAAGACGUCACGAGGAACCACUAUCUGGAAGCCAUGAACGAGCUCCACUAUGUCCCUGAAACUCACUUACUGAAACGGCUGUCAGCAGCUCUGGGAGAUAACUCUACUCGGUUAGAAAUUCUCCAGCCUUUCCACUCCUUAUGUUUCAACUUACUGAAAGCUUCUGACGUGGAGAUCACACCCGAGCUAAGAGCUGCGCAUAGCAUGAAGGAGGCUUACGCUGAUUAUGGUCAAGAAAGACAGAAUCGCGGUUGCACGAGGCCACAGAAGAAUAACUGCCGCGGGAUGUGCGGUAAAGGAUGUUGGUGCUGGAGUUGGUUUUGUGGCGAUUGCUGUUGGCAUCGGGGCUGUUACGAACAUGACCUGUGUUGCAAGAAGAAACCGUACAGUUCUUACUGUUUGGCGCCAAUUGGUUUAACUUGUUCUGGUUUCCGUUAUUAUAAAAAAUGUACGAAAAGUAGUUCAUGGUGGAAAAAAUAAUGCGCCUCGAUGUAAUACUCGGGAAAAACAAGAGAACGCGUGUUCUGACUUUGACUCUCAAUUGUAGUAGUUUCAUUUAGUCAGUUUCACUUAUUUCUGAAUGCGGCUGUACUUUCUCUCCAGGGGUUCUGAAUAAGCUCUAUUCUGCUAUAAUUAUUGUCUCAUCGGGUGCAUGUCUAGGUGGAGGAGCAGUAUUGAUCAGCAUCAUGGGAAAUAAAGACAUUUAGUCAGUGGUUUAUCAAGUAGUCUAGCUUCAGUUUCUUUUACCCGUUUUAAAAGUUCGGCCCCGCAUAGGCCAGGAUACCCCUUCCAAAAGUUUCUCAAGACUUCUUCAAUUCUCCAUCAUUCAAAAUAAACACCUGGUGUACUUUUUUCCCCCUUCCUC